AUGACAGCCAAAUUUGAAUAUACAAAAUUGUGUUAUGGAGAAAUGUUUCAAGUAUUAAAAUCCUUACGCCAACAUGAGCUUUUUUGUGACAUUAAAUUGGAAACAGAUGAUGGGACAAUAAUAUUUGGACAUAAAGUGAUAUUAGCAUCGGCUAGUCCAUAUUUCCAUGCAAUGUUCACAAAUUUUGCUGAAAAGAACAAAGAUCAUGUUGUUAUAAGACAAUUAGAUUCUAUUAUCUUACAACUAUUAGAUUUGUUAGCAGCAACUAAUCUCUUGCAGUUAAACGAUUUAAAAGAUACAUGCUGUGAUUUUAUUCAAAAACAACUGCAUCCUACAAAUUGUCUUGGUAUAAAAGCUUUUGCUGAUGUUCACAGCUGUACAAAAUUAUUAUCAAGUUCAGAAUUGUACAUUAAACAAUACUUUUUUUUGAUUCUUAGAGAAGUGGUUGAGACUGAAGAGUUCCUAUCCUUAUCAUCUGAAGAGUUAGUUAAGUUGAUCUCUUUUGAUGAGCUUAACGUGUCAUCUGAAGAAGAAGUAUUUGAAUGUGUUCUUCGUUGGGUUAAACAUGAAUUGGAUUCAAGAAAAUGUUUUUUACCUCAACUAAUGGAGCAUGUUCGUUUAGCAUUUACAUCGGAAAAUUAUAUAACUCAAAAAGUACUGAAGGAACCAAUUCUUAAUAAUUGCCCUAAAUGUAAAGAGUAUAUAAAUGAGGUUUUACAUUUUCAUUUUCCUAAAAGACAUGAGUCAGAUCAAGUUAUCCCUAUUCCAGAACGCAUCCGGUAUAAGCCUAGACUUGAAGAUAAAGUUAUUCUAGUAGUUGGUGGAAUUGGGACAAAAUAUUCAGAUUCUACUGAAUGGUACGACCCAAAAGUCAGCCAAUGGAAGUUAAUGGCAAAAAAACCAACUAAGCGUGUUCUAGCCAGUGUAGCUGUAUCAAAAGAUAAUCUUUUCUUUGUUGUGGGUGGUUAUGGUUUGGGAUCGUAUCUUCGGUCUGGUUUUGUGAUAGAUUUAUUUUCAGAAUCACCUAGUAAACGAAUUGAUGACAUGUUAGUCAAAAGAGCUAAAUUAGGAGUUGGCGUGAUAAAUAAAAAUCUGUAUGCUGUUGGCGGAUUUGAUGGUACUAAUUGUUUAAAUAGUGCCGAAGUUUUUGACGACAGUACUAAAAAAUGGCGUAUGAUAUCUAGUAUGUCUACUAGAAGAGGCGAAUUUGGAGUCGGAGUUCUGAAUAAUCUUUUAUAUGCGGUAGGAGGUAGUGAUUUUAUGUCAGGAGAGGUGUUCAACUCUGUUGAAUGUUAUCAUCCCAGUCUUGAUGCAUGGAGACCAGUCGCAGAAAUGUGUAAACGUCGACGUGGUGUGGGUGUAGGAGUUUUAGAUGGCGUCCUGUAUGCUGUAGGUGGUCAUGAUGGAUCAGAAACUCUGAAAAGUGUAGAAGCAUACAGACCAAGUACAGGAGUUUGGACUACAAUGGCAGACAUGAAUUUGCCUCGGAAAUUAGUUGGUGUAGUUGCAUUAGAAGGAUUAUUGCAUGCAGUCGGUGGACGUGACGAUUCUUUUGUUUUUAAUUCUGUAGAAGUUUAUAAUCCCAUCACCAAUACUUGGACCAUGCUAGGCGCGCCAAUGAAUGUACAACGAAGGGACAGGGACAGAGGCCCAUCGAGGAGAGCUGCUGGACAAGCGUUCAUCAGACGAGCAACAAGCCUCAAACUGAACAGUCAACCAGCUAAAUACUAG